AUGGCUAAGACUUUACGGCAUAAUCAUCUCCGCACCCAAUGUGGUAUCUGCUCUCAGGGUUUAUUGCCUGGUGAUUUAUUUACUCCUUUGUUAGGUACUGAUCCCAAGACUGGAUCAGGAAGCUACCUGGGCCGAGGAGUAUACCCGACAUAUCCUCACACCAGUGUUAAUCUUGACGAUAGAAGUUGUUGCUGGGCAUCCAACUGCUAUCAAUGUGCCAAAGUUCCCGAGGCAGUAGGACUACAUUCAAUAUGUCUCAGUGUUUUCAAGGAACACUAUAAAGCCGAAGAUUCUAUCGAUAGGCUAUGGGCCACAGUAGGUCAAAAUAACCUGUGGAAUGGCGCUCCGUGUCUUCACCUCGACCGAGAAUCAGAGGUUGAGAUGGAUCUUGUUCGUCAGAAAGCCGCGUCUUAUGGUGUUAACCUGCUGGGUCGCCUUCCCGCAGAACUCAUCCACAUGAUAUACAAGUACAGCGAGGAUGCGGUGUUUUGGCGUUGCAUUUUGGCUUUGAGUCUGGCCAAGCAGUUGUCUCUGUCGCAACAAUGCAUGACAUUGCAGAGCCAUUCGAUACCUCUUUGCAAUGUUUUGGCAUGGGAAAGGGGAGAAUCGGUCGUUGUGCGCUCUGAUGAAUGUUCGCCUUACAUACGACUCACCCUUGACUGCAGAGGUAUCCGCAAGAUCGAACGGUUCCAAGAAAGGCCUUCAUACGAACCAGCUUUUUCAAACAAAGAAGCAUUUGUUUUUGCAUGUGAGAGUGAGGUCAAGGAUGUUGUUGUGAUACUCAAGUUCAACGUCUUGCGGCUCCAGCUCCCGAGCCAUAUACGAGGUUUCCAGGUCUGGGAUACUCCCAGCCCCCCUCUUCUUGAAGACUGCGAAUUUCAUGGCCGCGUGUCACAGUCAAUGCAGCUCAGGACUAUUGACCUACAUGCUGUGACUGGCCUCACGUUUUUCUUCUCGCACAGCAAGCUUUAUGCAGUUCAUGCACACACCCGUAAGAACCCGCAUGCAACCAGGACCUUUGAGCGUCUUUCCGAGACGCGACGAGCGAAUGCUGUGUCGGUAUACUUGCCAGUCCCCAAAGAUGAAGAGAUUAUAGCUAUUGUUAUCAGGCUAAGAAGCUCUCUCGAAGGAGGACAAUCCACAGCGCAGAAACCAUUCUUCCUGUUCCGAACCAAACUAGCUGGCGAUAUCGCUAUCGGCCCGUACCGUUCGGGGGCGCACAAAGAUGUUGUCAUCGGCCAGUCCAGCCCCAGAUUGUUCGUUUAUAAUUCUUCAGACGUCGGGCCAGCAACCGUAUUUGGAACACACCCUCGAAAACAACACGGCAACAGUAUCUCUCCAUCAUUUCCUCACCCACGGUUCAGUAAUCCACCCAUCAAUUAUCAUGCCAACAUUUCCUCAGCGCCCUUGGAGAACGUGGUUAUUGUGUGGGUUCGGGAGAAUGAGAACCAAUAUUGUCAUGGGAUACUACUGGAAUAUUCGAAUGGGGCUCAACGAGCACUGGGGGACUAUCGAGUUGGGAAUGAUCUCCCAGGUACAGAUAGUGUGAAGAAGUAUAUGAAGCCAUCGCGGAUCUGUUAUCGGGGGCCUCAAGAUGAGGUUGCAGGAGCAGGACGACUUUCACACAAUUUCGUUGUUAACGCGAGUGAUGACCAUGAUCAUUACCAUGAUGCAGCAGGCUGGACAUGCAACUCAUUGAGAGGUGUGCUUGAAUUCUGGUUUUCGAGGGAGCGGUCUGUCAUUCGGAUAGCCGAGUAG